AUGAAGCGGAAGGCCAGCGAGGCCCCGGGCGAAAAGGCCGGCAGCAGCACGCCCACUUUCGGCUUUGCUGGAGCCAGCAGCAGCACACCCGGGAACGGCGGCAGCGCAGGAGGCGGCUUUGCAUUCGGCUCCGCCGCCGGAGGGGCACCCAAACCCGCCGUCACGUUCGGGGCCGCCCCUGCGGCGGCAAGCAGCGGCGCGUUCACGUUCGGGGCGGGCGCGGCGGGAGCCGCGUUCGGCAGCACCCCGAGCAGCAGCAGCGCCGCCGCGGCAGGGGGCGGCGGCGGCGGGGGUAGUGGCAGUGGCGGCCUCUUCGGGUUCGGUGCAGCAGGGGCGUCCCCAGGGUCGACGCCGGGCGCGUCGACGCCGCCCGCCUUCACGUUCGGCGGCGGCACCCAGUCCACAGCCGGGCACACGCCGGCGCCGGCAACGUUCAGCUUCGGCGGCGGCGGUGGGUUCACGCCGUCGCCGGCGCCGGCGGCGGGGGGCGGGUUUGGUUUCCCGGCACCUGCGGCGAACGGCGGCGCGGCGGCAGCCCCAGCGGACGGCGGCGAUGCAGGCGGCGCUGAGGACGAGGAGGGUGGCCCCAAGGCCUACAAACCCGAGCUGGCGGUGGACGAGGAGACCUUUGAGGUGCUCUUCAAGGCCAACAGCAAGCUGGUGGUCCUAGAGAAGCCCGCCGGCGGCGGCGCGGGCGCGUGGGAGCCGCGGGGCAUCGGGCAGCUGAGCGUGCGGCGGUUCAAGGCGGGGGGCGACAAGGCGUACAUAAUGUUCACGACGGACGCGGGCAAGCAGUUGGUGUACUCGGCCGUCCUCGCCAGCACGCGCCUGCUGCAGCCCGCUGGCGCGACGGGCGCAAACCUGAAGCGCGUGUCGGGGUCGCUCAUGGUGCGCGACGACGAGCUGCCGCCAGCUGGCGACAAGGGCGACCCCAACGCGGCCACUGAGGCCAAGUACAAGAUCCAGAACGCGAUGUUCACGCUGGCGUCGCCUGAAAAGGUGCAGGAGUUCAUCGCGGUGGUGGAAAAGCAGCGGCCCGCCAGCUGA